CCAAGAACGACUCUAACGCGGCCUCUUCAUGAACGGGCUUUUAACGGCCGUACAUCGGGCUCUGGAUGGAUGUUUUCAAUUUUCUCCUCAUUGCAAGCAUCUUCCGUCCUCCGUCUAGUAUAUAUGGCCAUGCAGACAUCCAUCAGUGGCUGGCGUUAGAUCAUACAGUCCGUAUAGACUCUCCAAGACUCCAAAGCGUCGAUAUUCCCUCGCCCCUCGCAGACGCGUUCUUUUUCUCGAGAGGACCGCCCGGCAACUGAUCCGCAACCCAUCCCCCCCAACCACAAUCAGAGUUCGCAGUCGGACCUACACCUACAUAUACACACCCUUGCGGACACAUAGAGCGAACACUACACAUAGAGCGCUCUCCGACCCACUUGUCCCCCGCCCCCACCCCCCGCUUUCUCUAUAAAGAAAAUGUUCCAAAACACCCACCCACCACUAACACCGACCGAAUCCGCCCUCGAAUCCCGCCACUUCACCCGUGUCAUCCGCGCCUUUCAAUCCUACCGCGCGCACUCACUCGCCGCUAUGGCCAAGCGAAGGCGGGACCUCGCUUCGUUGGGGGAUGAUCAUCGCGCCAUCUUAAGCGGGUUGGAGGAGAAGAUUGGGGGGGCGGAGGAGGGGGUUAGGCGGAACGGUGUGGUUAUGGAGGAGGUUGCGAGGGGGUAUGGGUACGGCGCGGUAGAGGAUGAGGAUGAGGUGGCUGAGGUUGGGGAGAAGACACGUGGGGGCGAACACGAUCAAAGUCAUGAGCAUUCGCAUUCGUCCCACUCCACCGAACAAGACAUGGACAAAGUGCGCUCGACAAUCCGGCAAUUCUACCGCGACUGGUCAACCGAAGGGGCUGAGGAGCGCCGGACGAGCUACGGGCCGAUUCUUGAGGCUAUUGAGGGGCGGUAUAAGGGUUUACAGGUGGAAGAGAGGGGCGCCGUGAGGGUGCUUGUGCCGGGCGCGGGGUUGGGGAGGUUGGCGUAUGAGGUUGUUCGGAGGGGGUUUACGUGUCAGGGGAAUGAGUUUAGUUUUUACAUGCUCCUCGGCUCACACUUCAUCCUCAACCACACCACUCACACGCGCCAACACACCAUCUACCCCUGGAUCCACUCAUUCUCGAACCACCUCACCUCCCAUUCUCUCCUAACCCCCAUCAGCAUCCCCGACGUAUUACCCGGCUCGAUCCCGCCAACGGCCGAUUUCAGCAUGGUCGCGGGGGAUUUCACAGAGGUGUAUGGUGUCGGCGCCGAGGAGCAGCGGGGUGCGUGGGAUGUAGUUGCGACGUGUUUCUUCCUGGAUACCGCGAAGAAUGUGGUGGAGUACGUGGAUGCGGUCAGUUGGUGUUUGGGGGAGGGUGGGGUUUGGGUUAACUUAGGACCCCUGUUGUUCCACUGGGAAGGCAUGCCGAACGAAGUCUCGAUCGAGCUCACCUGGGAGGAGCUCAAGGCCGUCAUCCUGGCUCGGGGGUUCCGUAUCACCGAGGAACGAACCCUCCACACGACAUACGCGAGCAACCCGACGGGGAUGCUGACGUAUAACUACGAGGUGGUGUUCUUUGUGGCGGAGAAGAUGGCCAAGGAGUGAACAUCAGCCGUAUCGAAAUCAUUCCACGGUCCCUCUGGCUGGAAUAGAAUGUUGGGCGCGAGGUGUGGUUGAUAAACCGCCGUACGUAUCAUGGGGGGAUAGGCAUCGGCCCCUUUGGGUUGCGAUUAGCUCCCCUACCGGCUCACGCAAAUCAAACGCGCCGCGCCCGACCACCGGUCGAUUCCGCUCGCCAACCGAAUCAACUCGCGAAAAAUCCCCAGAUUCAUCACACACGCGCCAUGAGACGUUUGCGGCGUAGGGUCGCAGAGCGAUAGUAGACGGACAGAGCGAUAGGGUCGGGAGAGGGCUUUGAUGUACCGGCGUAUGAGGCAGAUGAACGAUGGGAAGGGGGGAAGGGAUUUUUCGGGUUCCCUUAGAAGGACGAGCGCGGUUGCAUCUUUGUUUUCGCAUAACAUGGAAGUGUGGUAUUUACAACUUUUUGGGGCGGGGGCGUAGAGUACGCAAUUAAAUGGGAUGGUUGUUCACGUG